AUGUCAGUAUAUCCAUCGGACGGGUUUGAUAAACCAAAGAGGGAGGUCUCCACGAUAGCGAUUGAGGAAAAUCCGGAAGUUGACAGUGAUUUCCAAAGUACGACAACGCACGACAAGCCAUCAGCCCUCUCUGUUCGUGUGCUGGGCGUCGUGGAGAAGUUCUGGCUCUUCGAAUUUUUUGGUUUCGUCCUCGCCCUAGGCUCCCUACUUGCUGUAGUGGCCUUUCUCCGGGUCUAUGACGGCAGAGAGUCACCAGAAUGGAAACUCCCAGUCGGGGCAGGAAAGUAUAAGAAGACUUUUGUGUUGAACAUCAACGCCAUCAUUUCGAUCUUUACCACCACCUUCACGUCUGGCCUCCUCAUUCCAGUUGCGGCAAGCAUGAGUCAGUUGAAGUGGGUGUGGUUUCAACAAGGGCACCCGCUGUCGCACUAUCAGGCAUUCGAAUCCGCUACCAAUGGCCCAUUGGGCUCAGUCAUCCUCUUGUGGACGUUGAAGGGCAGACGACUUGCAUGUAUCGGGGCAGUCAUCAUCGUUGCAGCACUAGGCAUUGGUUUCUCUAUCCAGUCGCUCGUUAUCUAUCCUUUGCUGCCUGUCGGGGUCGAGAGCGCUAACAUUGGGACGACGAAUACAUAUUACGGAACUGGUAACGAGGGGCUCCCUUAUGAGAUGCCCGCAGAUAUGCUCGGAGCUACUUUGAGAGGCAUUUUCCAGUCCGAUGAUAUAUCCAAGAUGAAAUUCAACUGCCCUUCUGGAAAUUGCACAUGGCCGGAGUUGACAACCCUUGGUGUCUGCAGCCAAUGCUUUAACGUCACCGACUCCCUGGAAGAAAGCUGUGGCAAGACGGAUAUUGAAUACAUAGCACCGAAUGGCGAUGGAAAUAGCAACAGCACGGCAUCGGUACCCUAUUGUAACUACACCCUACCCAAUGGCCUUCAACUCCACGGCAUCAGCAACGAUAUGGUCAUCGCAAUUCAGAAUUCAGGGAAUUGGAACAAUUCGAUCCAUUUCUCUGAUAGCAACAAUACUAUUGGUGUCUUGUCCUCCAUUAAAUCAACAUGGACAUCACUCCCAGCUCAAUGGGAUUUUCUCAACAGUGGCAUGGUUUUUGCGACAGCUCCAGAUGCGUGGACAGCAACCGAAUGUGCGCUGUCCUAUUGUGUCCAGAAGUACAAUACAUCGGUUGAACGGGGUGCACUGACAGAGAAACUGCUUGAUACCUACUUCGACAGCUAUAUUGAUGCGGACAGACCGGAUACAAUCGUGUUUCACCCGACACCCUCCUGGACGAACACUAGCGAGGAGGGGAAUUCAAACAUAUAUGUGGCUGGGGCGAUUGCAGGUUUCCGAGAAUUCUUCAACAAGCAGUUCACAGGACAGCAGAACAAAUCGCAGUACUCCAUCACCUCUGGCAAUUCAGACUUCGCGAUCAUUUCGAAUGAUAUGGAGUUCUCCAAUUUUACCGAUCUAUUUGCUUCCAUAGCCAAGUCCGUGACAGACAACAUGCGAAGUAGCCCUUAUGCCGAAUCACGUGCGGAGGAGGGGAUGACAUGGACAUCAACUGGUGUGUCCUUCCAAGACCGACCGCAUGUGCAGGUUAGGUGGGCGUGGAUAGCCUUCCCCAGCACCCUGCUUGGUCUCGCCUUGAUCCUAUUGCUCGGAACGAUCGUGACAUCAGCAAGGGAAAAGACGCUACUGUGGAAGGGCAACAGUCUGGCUGCUUUUGCACAUCCCCUGGCUGGAAACGUGCGGGACAAGAUCAGUGGGAUUUCCGGUCCACGGGACAUGGCCCUGAAGGCUGAAAAACUGCAGGUGCAGUGGCUGAAGACUGAUCGGGGUUUUAGACUUGUACCGAAGCAGGACUGA